AUGACUGAAUUAAGGACUCUUUUGGGAAGUAGUCCUAUGCCUCCUUCCAGUUCUAUAGACCAAAUAUUUUUUGCUAUGGGACAAGCAACAGGGGCAUCCAUAAAGACAGCAUAUGAAUCAGGCCCUUACAGAAAGCUGAAGUUCUUUUCAGGCAUUAAACCUGUGCCUGUAGGGGAAGAUGACUAUGACACUUGGAGGCAUCAACUAAAUCAGGUGAUGCAGGAAUGGCAAUGUAGUGAGGCUGAAAAGAGGAAACGUGUGGCAGAAAGCCUGCGAGGACCUGCAGGGAAUGUAAUCUGUGCAUUAAAAGCCAGCAAGCCUGCUGCCACUGUUGAUGACUAUCUCUCGGCGAUGGAGGAUGCCUUUGGGAGCCUAGAGACUGGGGAAGACCUCUACUUUCAGUUUCGAUCCUGUUACCAACAUUCAGACCGAUUGGACAGUCCUCCAGAAUUCCACCAACUGCUGCGAGAAGUCCGGGAGGAGGAGGAAAAGAGAACGGUUAGAGAGAGGAAUAAGAUCUCAGUGAGCCAGACCGUUGGUCCUCAGAAACUGAAGGAUGACCUUUGUCUGCCUACCACUGAGGACCUCCAUCAACAGCUCAAAACCCUGACAGCACAGCUCACUGAAUUUAUGACGAGUAAGAUGCCUCAGGGGUCACCUAGCGAUAUUCUUCCACCAACUUUGACAGAAAGGAAGUACCCUCCUUUUCACCCAGGGAGAAGGGACCCCAACAGAGAACCUGUAAAGAAAACCUUGGUGACCCUCCCAAGGAACAAGAGAUUCUGCUACCGAUGUGGCGAGGAUGGGCACAUUUCCACCCAGUGUGACAACCCAAGGAAUGAAGAGAAGGUAGCGCAACGAAAAAAGAAGCUACAGGGAAACUCCCAAGGAUCCCAGUAA